GUGAUUAAAUGGCGUAUGGUAAACCGUGUUGUAACUAUUAUUUCUCUCUCAAGAUAUUUCAGUGGCGACGAAGUGGUUAAAAUGUCGAUCGGUAAAAUUUCCGAGUUUAAUAUGCAUUCGGACAAUUGGAAAUUGUACGUAGAAAGGUUGGAACAGUACUUUAAAGUGAACAAAAUUGAUAGUGACUUGUAUGUUCCGACAUUAAUAACGGUCAUGGGUGCCGAGUGCUAUGAACUGUUGGUGAAUUUGUGUACACCUGCGAAACCCACGUCAAAAACUUUCAGUGAACUAACGGUUAUAUUGGAAAAACAUUUACAACCGAAACCAAGUAUACUGGCGGAAAGGUUUAAAUUUCGACAUCGCAAGCAAACGGAAGGUGAAAGUAUAGCAGAAUAUGUUGCUAUAUUGAAAUGUUUGUCCAAGACUUGCGAAUUUGGCAAUUGGUUAGAAGAGAGUUUGCGGGAUCAGUUUGUGUGUGGCAUCACGAGCGAAACGAUACGUCAACGGUUGUUCGCAGAAGAGAAGUUGGAUUUUGGGAAGGCGUACGGUUUAGCUAUGAGCUUAGAAGCGGCAGAGAAGAACGCGGCUAUCGUGGAGGCGCCUCCGAGUUCAAGUUCAAGUAUCAAGCGGCGCGAGCAAGUUUGCAGAAUGUCAGGCCAUCGCGGGCGCAGGACGUCGACGGGCCCCGGGUGGCGGGGCGGAGGCACGGCGCGUAGAUGAUGACGGUUGCGGCAGGCGGCGUCAGUCGGGAUUCCCUCAGGGGGUGCGCGCGGACGUCCGCUCGGCAGUUAACCCAUUGACAGGUUCAGUGUCAGCGCAAGGCAAUCGCUGUAGUGUGUGUGGGCUAUUCCAUAAAGGCGGCGGCCGGGACACCUGUAAAUAUCGUCAAUACUUCUGCCGAAUUUGUGGCUCCCAAGGUCAUCUUCGUCGUGUCUGUCCUUAUCUGGCAAACCAGCACCGGGUAGAAGUAACAGAAGGCCCUUCUACCACUGCAGGCAGUGAUAACAGUGAGGAUAGUGACGAGGUAAUUAGUACUUGCAUAAAUAAUCUGUCAAUCCAGCAGUGUAAGCCUAUAGAAGUGACGUUAAAUAUUCAGGGUCAGGAUUUGACGAUGGAGUGUGAUACAGGCAGUGCCGUGUCAUGUAUCAGUUAUAAUUUGUAUAAAAGAAAAUUUAGUGAUUUAAAGCUAUUUAAUAGUAAGUUGCAAUUGAGAUAUUACACUGGAGAGUGUAUAUCGCCCGUGGGCCUUUUGAAACCACUAGUAAGAUAUGGACAGACUAAAAAAUAUUUAGAUUUGUAUGUAAUAAAUAAUGGCAAAACUAGUCUAUUAGGUAGACAGUGGCUAAUUGAAUUAAAUGUAAGAAUACCCAGUUUCGUGAGCUCUGUUAAUAGCAUCGUAGAGGAAGUUUUUAACAUGGAAAA